AUGUCUGGCAAAACCGAGGAGCAGCCGCCGCCUUACGGAGGUGCCCCUAAUCCUCCCAAGGCCACAUACCCAGGCCCAGGCCCAUCGCAAUCGCCAUAUCAACAAAACGAACCAUACAAUCCUCCUCAGCAGCAGGGGCAGCAGCAAUACUACCAGCCCGGCCCGCAGAUGGGAUACCACCAACAACAGCAAGGCCCUUACGGCCAACCGCAGUACGGCCAACAGCCAUAUGGACAGCAGCCAUACGGCCCUCCUCAAGGACAAUACCAGCAGGGACCGUAUCAGCAAGGUCCUUAUUACCAACAGCAGGGUCCUCCCCAAGGCAACUCCGGCAACAACGACAGAGGCAUGGGGGCUGCUACUGGCAUUCUCGGCGGUCUCGCUGCGGCUUGCGCGUGCUGCUGCUGCAUGGACAUGCUGUUUUAA